AUGAGGCCAUCUGCUCGUUCUUUGGCCAAUGCUUUCUGCACUCACGAGGAAACAGCUGUUUUAUUGCAUGGCUCAACUGGAUAUUUUCAGAUUCUACAACAUAUUGCUUUUGCGUGCCUUAUGUAUAUAUUAUUAUACGCAUUUUCAUUUCUCCAAAAUAUUGCCGGUGAGGAGAGUGGCGUGCAUCGAGACGAUUCUGCCGUGACACUUGAAGGCGUGGAUUUCUGGAUUUUCUCCAAUCAGAGGUUUCUCGAUGCCAAUCUGGAUAUUUUUGCAGAGCGGAAGCCAUCAUGUCACUCCGGCUGGGCACCAUUUGCAGCGUCCGGAGCGAGCAAGUACACACAUUGCUUGAAAGUUUUCGCGACAUUCCGGAUGAGCUGGCAACAGGCUGAGGAGAGCUGCACGCAGUUUGGCAACAAUGCUCACUUACUUUCCAUACAGAAUGCUGAUCAGAUUGCUUGGCUCACUGAUUUGGUUUCUUCCUCAGAAUCGCGGAUAAGAGUGCCGCUUUCUACGUUGUGGAAGACUUCGCACUGGCUCUCGCCCGGAUGGUGGGUUGGACUUGGUCAGGUGUGUCCGAAUCAUCAGAUUGAUCAAAUGCCAGCUUUAAGGUAA